GCCGGAAGCGGACGGUCUGGGAGCGGAAGCUCUACGCACCCAGGGCGGCAGGUGCGCACCUGCGUCGGAAGCGGGGUGUGCGCGGGCGGGGCCGCGGGUGCACGGCGCCGGAAGCGGAGCUAUGGACGGUCGCUUGGAGGGCGGAGGGCCGCCGCUCGAGUUGUCGGCGGACGAGGCCGAACCGCAGGCCGCUGCGUGGAGCGGGGACAGUGGCAACGUGUCGCAGAGCCACAGCAGCGCCUCGGGGCCAUGGGAGGACGAGGGCGCCGAGGACGGCGCUCCCGGCCGCGACCUGCCGUUGCUGCGCCGUGCCGCCGCGGGCUACGCCGCCUGCUUGCUGCCCGGGCCCGGGGCGCGGCCCGAGGUGGAGGCCCUGGAUGCCAGCCUCGAAGACCUUCUGGCCAGGGUGGAUGAGUUCGUGGGCAUGCUGGAGAUGAUUCGCGGCGACUCGUCGCACGUCGUCAGCGAGGGCGUGCCCCGCAUCCACGCGCGAGCCGCGGAGAUGAGGCGCAUCUACGGCCGCAUCGACAAGCUGGAGGCCUUCGUGCGCAUGGUGGGCGGCCGCGUGGCUCGCAUGGAGGAGCAGGUGGCCAGAGCCGAGGCCGAGCUGGGGGCCUUGCCCCGGGCCUUCCGGAAGCUGCUGCACACCUUCAGCGCGCCCGGACUGUUCGCCAGGUCCCCCGCGCGGACCCCGCACCCUGGCUACGAGCCGCCGGUGCUGUUCCGGACCGAAGACCACUUCCCGUGCUGCGGCGACCGGCCCCCGCUCUGACCGGCCGGCGCCAGGCGCGGGGGACCCCAGGGGAGCUCUCAGCGCACUGUGAAUUAAAGUCCUCCCGAGGCACUUGUGCUUUGGAGUACGGCAUUUUCAAAAUUGAUUUUCUUAGCACUGUCUCUCUCAGUGUGUUGAUUAUUUCACGUAGAAAGUAGAGACUCGCUUAUGUCUUCCAGUUCCACUCGGAAAGCUGCGUGAAUGGUGCACGCACCUAUGCCUCAGCUACGAGGAUUACUUGAGCCCCAGGAGUUCGAGUCCAAGCUGGACAAAGUUGUUAACAUCUGUCUCCAAAAGUACAGACGACAAAGAUUCAGUGGAAGCCAAGGUGGUCGUGGGGGACUGGGGAGCAAAAUGAAUGAGGUUACCUGUAUAUUGUGCUGCAACUCUUUUAUUUUUAUGAAUUUUACUACUUAACUAACAGUAUUACCCUUUCAGGAUUUAUAUAUUUAUAUAGCCGCGAAAAAAAUGAACCAUUAAAGCCUUAUUACUAUUCAA